AUGACAUUACAUACUCUAUAUAUUCCAUCAACUUGUUCAAUUACCACUAUAUAUGAACAACUUGUAUUAGCCUUUGAAACUUCAUAUAAAGAGGCAGGUAAUAAUAAUAAUAAUAAUAAUAAUAAUGGAAUAACUAUUCAAAGACGGGAUAGAUCGAAUUAUACCAGUAUUGAAAUAUAUUAUGAUAAUCAAAUUUUUAUAAAAUUUAGUAAUAUUGCAGAAGAUAAUAGUAAUGAGGAUGAUAAUACUAAUAAAUUAUUCACUCAAUUAGAGUUUGAAAUAUUUGACAGUAAGAGCUCAAAUGACAAGCUUCUCAAUAUUUAUGAAUCACUUUAUGACACUAUUAAACUUAUUAUAUUGAGUUGCUGUUUUAAUAAUAAUUCAAGAGACAAACAAAUAGCUGCCUCUACUCUAAAUUUCUCAAAAAAUAUGCCAAGUUCUAAUAGUUCUAGUAGUACUAGUAGUACUAGUAAUAAUAAUAUUAUAUGCUCUUUAUUAGAAGAGCAAUUUGGAGAAAUGUUUAAAAAUCCGGCAAGUACUAGUGAUAGUCAACAAGGAGUUAUUACUACAGGCAAAUAUAGUGUACUAAUAGAUCUAGAACAAUUGCGUGUCGUAGAGAGUGACUCUGCACCCUUAAAAGGUCGUGUAGAAUCUGUUCUUGCCAUAGGUAAAUUAUUACGUACUCCACUAUGUUAA